AUGGCAGACAACGAAAGCCCCGAGAGGCGGAGACCGCGCAGAAUGAGCGCCAUGUACCGCCGUGGCUCCCACCUGAGCGAGGCAAGCUUCAUGGAAGAUGUCGAGAUGGCCCAAGAUGAGGUAUACGAACUCGGGCCCAUGCCUCUCCCUGCUCCUUCCCGCCCUGCCUACAACCCUCGUGGAAGGAAGCCUGGCCAGCAGCUGACGCCAAAAAUCCAGGUCUUCUCCGGUCCCAUGAGCGAAAGCGUCCCCACGAGCGUAUCCGGCUUCCGCCACCGACGGUCGCGCGCCGACUCGAGCGCCAGUCUGACGAGUUUCGCCUUCUACGAUGAAGAGCAGGAUUCACAGGGUGAGGACGAGGAUAGCGCAAUCUUGGAGGACGGAGAGAGCACGUACAACAAUGGCUAUACCGUGUCGGAACUGGAAGACCUCGAGGCGGGAACAUCGUCUCACUCAUCACAAUCACCGACACCAUCGCGGCGGAAAUCGAGCGGCAGCAGGAAGUCCUCUGAGAGGCCAUUACUGCGAAGGAAAUCCUCGGCAGGCAGCACAGGCUCAGGCAUCGACUGGAGAGGGCGCAGGUCCAACCAGAAGAUCUACAUCAUGACCGAGGAUCUUACCAUCGUCAUCGCCGGCUUCAAGACAUCUCUCUUUGGCUAUGCGCUGUAUGCGCUUCUAUGCAUGGCGACACUGGGCCUCGGCUGGCUUCUGUUCAGAUGGCUGCCACGCUGGAGGGUCGCCAUAAUCGGAAAGACCACACCGCUUAAGGAGUGCGACUGGAUCGUCACCGAAAAUCAGUGGGGAGAGUUCGCGGUACAGAGCGUCAGCAAGCAGAUCUACGGACGCUCGCUAUCAACUGUAUUCGGCGACCCUGAAAAGGGACGCCCGAGGGAAUGGGAUGAGGAAGAUGAUCCGCUCAUUGGCGAGCUAAGAUGCUUGGACUACCGCUAUAUUCGCUUCGUAUACCACCCCAUCAAGGACAAGUUCGUGCUCGCAAACACCUGGAAGGAUCCCACCUGGACCGACGUCUCGGCCCUGCGCGAGGGUCUUGACAACGAUGAACGCGACUACCGCGAACUUGUCUUUGGAAAGAACCUGAUCGACAUCGCCGAGAAGACCAUCGGUCAGCUUUUGGUUGAUGAAGUCUUCCAUCCUUUCUACGUCUUCCAGAUUGCCAGUCUGAUCCUCUGGUCCAUGGACGAGUACUACUACUAUGCUUGUGCCAUCUUCAUCAUCUCGGCAGUCAGUAUCGUCACCACGCUCGUCGAGACAAAGGCUUCCAUGAAGCGGCUACGUGAGGUUUCAAAGUUCGAGUGCGAAGUCCGUGUACUACGCAGCGGCUUCUGGACUCACGUCGACUCUGCGGAGCUUGUACCCGGAGAUGUCUACGAAGUCACCGACCCUUCGCUUGCCUUAUUCCCCUGCGACAGUCUGUUGCUCUCUGGAGACUGUAUUGUCAACGAGAGUAUGUUGACUGGCGAGUCGAUUCCUGUUUCCAAGAUUCCCAUGUCGAACCACGCCCUGGAUUUGCUUGACCUCAGCGCAUCGGCUGUUCACCCAGAGGUUGCGCGACACAUGCUGUUCAGUGGAACCAAGAUCAUCAGAGCUCGCAGACCACAUGAAGACCAUGUUGAUGAUGAGGCUGCUGCAUUGGCCAUGGUUGUGCGCACUGGUUUCAACACCACCAAGGGCGCGUUGGUCCGAUCUAUGCUCUUCCCCAAGCCCUCAGGUUUCAAGUUUUACCGCGACUCCUUCCGAUACAUCUCCGUCAUGGCGUUCAUUGCCAUGAUUGGCUUCGUCGCAUCUUUCAUUAACUUUGUACAUCUGGGUCUCGCGUGGCACUUGAUCGUUGUACGAGCUCUCGAUCUCAUCACCAUUGUCGUUCCUCCUGCGCUGCCGGCCACGCUCACCAUUGGUACUAGCUUCGCCCUGUCACGCUUAAAGCAGAAGCAGAUUUUCUGUAUCAGCCCGCAGCGAGUCAACGUGGGUGGUAAGCUGGAUGUAGUUUGCUUCGACAAGACUGGAACGCUUACUGAGGAGGGUCUCGAUGUCUUGGGAGUUCGCGUAGUCGAGCGACCCAGGAACAGGUUCAGCGAGCUCCUUCCAGACGCCUAUGACAUCCUUCCCGCAUCCCAGCACGACCGCGACCCAACCGUAGAAUACCUGGCACACAAGACUAUCCUAUACACCAUGGCCACCUGUCAUUCACUUCGUAAGAUCGAUGAUGAGCUAGUAGGCGAUCCACUCGACGUCAAAAUGUUCGACUUUACCGGCUGGAGCUACGAGGAAGGAGAACAGAAGGCUGGCAACGGUGGUGAUGACGAUGAGCAGAAGCUGUCGCCGUCUGUCGCUCGACCACCACCAGGCCGAGAGUACGACGUCGACGAUCUUGAAGACGAGGCCAACAGGAGGCAGGUCGAACUUGGUGUGCUGAAGGCAUUCGAAUUCGUCUCCCAGUUACGAAGAGCUAGUGUUAUCGUCCGACAAUUUGGUUCAAAGAGCGGACAGGUGUACGUCAAGGGCGCGCCCGAAGUCAUGAAGGAGAUCUGCCGACCUGGAAGCUUUCCUACUGAUUACGAGGAGCUUCUAGCCUUCUACACCCACCGUGGAUUCCGUGUUAUUGCCUGCGCAACAAAAACGAUCCCCAAGCUCAACUGGCUCAAGACACAGAAGAUGAAGCGUGAAGAAGCAGAGAGCAACCUGGACUUUGUCGGUUUCAUCAUCUUCGAGAACAAGCUCAAAGAUAGCACCGCCCCCGUCAUUGAAGAGCUCGAACGCGCGAACAUCCGCAAGGUCAUGUGCACUGGUGACAACAUCCUCACCGCUAUCAGCGUAGCCCGCGAGUGCGGCCUCAUCAACAAAACAGCGCACUGCUUCGUCCCGCACUUUGAGGAAGGUGACUCCCGAACAGCAUUAUCGAAGCUGAGCUGGGAAAGCGUAGACGACCCUGUCUUUAAGCUCGACGACAACACUCUGAAGCCCCUACCACCGCCACCAGAGGCCGACGUAUCUCUUCCCUACGACAUCUCCAACCUUCGCAACUACAGUUUGGCCGUCUCCGGCGACGUUUUCCGCUGGAUCGUAGAUUUCGCCUCGGAAUCCACGCUUAGGGAGAUGCUUGUCUGCGGCCAAGUCUUCGCCCGCAUGAGCCCCGAUGAAAAGCACGAACUGGUUGAGAAACUACAGAGCAUAGACUACUGUGUUGGUUUCUGCGGUGACGGUGCAAACGACUGUGGUGCACUCAAAGCAGCUGACGUGGGUAUCUCCUUGUCGGAAGCCGAAGCCUCGGUCGCCGCGCCUUUUACUUCCCGGCAGUUCGACAUCAGCUGUGUGCCUCAAGUUAUCAAGGAAGGACGUGCAGCGCUUGUUACCAGUUUCAGCUGCUUCAAGUACAUGUCUCUCUAUUCCGCCAUACAGUUUUGCUCGGUCAGCUUCUUGUAUGCGAGUGCAUCCAACCUCGGCGACUUCCAAUUUCUCUUCAUCGACCUGCUUCUCAUCCUGCCCAUCGCCAUCUUCAUGGGCUGGUCCGGCGCCUACCCCGUCUUAUCCCGCAAACGCCCUACCGCGAAUCUCGUGAGCAGAAAGGUGCUUACGCCGCUGCUUGGUCAAAUGGUGUUGUGCAUAUUGGUCCAGUACCUCGCUUUCCACUUUGUGCAGAAGCAAGAAUGGUACAUGCCGCCCGUCAUUGACAAGAACCACAGCAACUCGCUCAACUCGCAAAACACGGCGCUGUUCCUGACAUCUUGUUUCCAAUACAUCUUCUCCGCCGUCGUUCUCAGCGUCGGCAAACCGUAUCGCGAACCCAUGUCGCGCAACUUGCCGUUUGUCACGACGAUUUUUGUUACCUUGGCUAUUACGCUGUACAUGCUGUUUGAUCCUGCGGCGUGGGUUAUGAGUGCGAUGGAACUUACCUACCUUGACACGCCGUUCAAGGUUUUUAUCAUGGCGUUGGGAUUGGGCAACUUUGCCAUGGCGUAUCUGGGUGAGAAUAUGUUGUUCCCUGGGCUGAGCAAGUGGAUUGGCGUUGCCAAGGUCAAGUUUGGUGGGCAGGGGAUGCAGAAGAAGAGGAAGGAGUACAAGGUUAUACAGGAGAAUAUGAGGAUGUAG